AUGACGGAAAAAGAAAGCGCCGGGAAUUUCAGCAAAAUCAGCUCGGUCAAUUUACAGUCAGAAAGCUACGCUACUGUCACCGACUUCACAGAGAAUGACUCAAAAUCUUCCUUUACUUCUGCUUCGGAAAUAUCAGAAGAAGAUUCUGAUGGAAACGUCCUUUUCGUCCAGGAAAAACCGAAGAUGAACAAGAUCGAGCUUGGGGCUUGGAAAAAUGCGAGCUUGAACGAUACUUCUUUUCUGUCAGAAGAGUCGGGCAAUGAAGACCCAGUGAAAGAAAGCUUUGCGUCGAUUGAUCACGCGGAAAUGGUCAGAUUGAGAUAUGAAGCGAGGCAAAAUGAUCCACCAAGAAUCAACAAGCCGACAAUUGUGCAGACUUCCACUCUUCUCUCCCAAAUAUCCGAAAGCCCUUAUUCCCUCAACCCUCUAUCAGAAGAAAAAGAGCCCCCAGCGCAGGUCAAAAAGCCGCUGAAAAUCGACAAAGUCGUUGAAAUCACCUAUCCAAAGGGACAAAAGCCACUGAAGCAGUUCGGCCGAAAACCUGUCAUUCCAAUUCAAGAUCCAAAAGAGCUCCUCUUUGACAUCACGAAAGAAGCAAGAAGAGAGUCAAAAGUCCAAAGAGAGAAUGGUGGGAAUGUCGAAGCAAAGAAAAUGUCGAUUCCGGGGAAUGAAACGGGCAUUGAUUUUACAGGAAUUCGGUCAAGAAAUUAA